UGCCCGUCCGUCAUUGAUAUUCCAGGUUGAAGUGCUCCCGGUGGCGACUCACCUCACAGUCGGUUUGUUGCCCAGCACGCUGCGGAGCUGCGGGCCUGCCUAUGAUCGGCACCAUGGCUGGGUCCUCACACCGGAUUAUGCUCGGGCCGCUGGUUGCUGCCAUUGACCAGGGAACGAGCUCCACACGGUUCUUGGUCUUUAACUCCAAAACAGCAGAACUCCUCAGCCACCAUCAGGUGGAAAUCAAACAGAGCUUCCCCAAAGAAGGAUGGGUGGAAGAGGACCCUAAAGAAAUCCUGCAGUCGGUCUACGAGUGCAUGGAGCGUACAUGUGAAAAGCUUACCCAACUCAACAUUGACAUCUCCAAUAUUAAAGCAAUUGGUGUGACCAACCAAAGGGAAACCACACUUGUUUGGGACAAAGAAACAGGAGAGCCCCUCUACAAUGCAAUAGUUUGGCUUGAUCUGCGGACUCAAUCAACAGUCGAAAGUCUGAUCAACAAAACGCCAGGGAGGAACAAAAACCACUUGAAGCAUAAAACAGGCCUCCCCAUCAGCACAUACUUCAGCGCGGUGAAACUUCGCUGGCUGAUGGAUAACGUAGAGGAGGUCCACAAGGCUGUCGUUUCCCACCGCGCCAUGUUCGGCACCGUAGACUCGUGGCUCAUUUGGUGCCUAACUGGGGGCAAGUCCGGAGGAGUCCACUGCACCGAUGUGACCAAUGCCAGUAGAACCAUGCUGUUCAACAUUCACACCAUGGACUGGGACCCGGAGCUCUGCAAAUAUUUUGGUAUUCCCAUGGAGAUCCUCCCCCGAGUGAGGAGUUCUUCAGAAAUCUAUGGCCUCAUGAAAAUAUGUUCUAGCUGGAAAUCGGGAGCACUCUCUGGUAUUCCCAUUUCCGGUUGUCUUGGGGAUCAGUCAGCGGCGCUGGUCGGACAAAUGUGCUUCCAGGAUGGGCAGGCUAAAAACACGUAUGGAACUGGUUGCUUUUUGCUGCGCAACACGGGACCCAAGCCCGUCAUGUCUGACCAUGGUCUUCUCACAACUGUAGCCUACAAACUGGGUCGAGACAAGCCUGCCUGCUACGCAUUGGAGGGUUCAGUUGCCAUCGCAGGAGCUGUGGUCCGUUGGCUGCAGGACAAUCUUGGGAUCAUUGGAUCUUCGAAAGAGCUUGAAACGUUGGCUGCAUCAGUUGGGACGUCGUAUGGGUGUUACUUUGUUCCUGCCUUUUCCGGCCUGUACGCUCCUUACUGGGAGCCCAGUGCGAGAGGGGUGAUUUGUGGUUUAACUCAGUUCACCAAUAAGAGUCACCUGGCGUUUGCUGCAUUGGAAGCCGUCUGCUUCCAAACAAGAGAGAUCCUAGACGCCAUGAAUCAGGACAGCGGGAUCCCGCUCACUCAGCUGCAGGUGGAUGGAGGAAUGACGUCCAACAGGUUGCUCAUGCAACUGCAGGCGGACAUACUCUGCAUCCCCGUUGUGAAGCCGUCCAUGCCUGAGACCACCGCACUGGGGGCAGCAAUGGCAGCCGGCGCAGCGGAGGGCGUGAGCGUAUGGAGUUUGAACCCAGACGACCUGAGCGAAGUGACGUCAGAAAAGUUUGAGCCUCAGAUCAACACUGAAGAGAGCGAGUUCCGCUACGCACGGUGGAAGAAAGCGGUUCAGAAGUCUAUGAACUGGGAGACCACAGAGCUUCCAUGUAAUGGAAACGGUGAAAGCAGCAUCUUCAGCAGUGCCCCACUGGGCUUCUACAUCAUGGGCAGCAUGCUGAUGCUGAUUGGAGCCAAUUACAUUGCUGGCCACAACUAGUCUCCCGGCAGCUGGCAAGGAUCAAGACUUCUCGUUCACUCUUUCCCCAAGAGGCCACUCCAGAAGAGGAAACGGCUCUUUAAACCGAUACUAAAUGCAUCCCUGUCAACAUGUACGCAUUUUGUCACACCCACGUUGCCCCUCGAAUAGGCUUUUUUACACAUUUUGUUGCAUUUAGCCAGUUUCAGCUUCAGGUUCAGCCUCUGACCUUGCACUGCGGCGACACGGACCAUAAAUGCUGUGAUUGGGCGGCUUUUACUACAAUAUUUCCUCAUUCAGAGGGUGUCCCGCCCCUGUUUGAAACCAAUUUUGGAUCAACAUUUGCAAUUGAUUAAUUGCCGUUCCAGUAACACUCCCCUUCUCUAAUUACCAGUGUUUGCUCACAGCAAGGCAACAUUCCCAACCAAACCAAAAAUGCAAAUUUGUCUACUUUUGUUACAUCUUACAUUAUCAUUCAUUGGUGUAUACAUUUUAUACUUUAUACUUAAAAUGCAUUUAAUUAGCAUGUGAGGCAUGUUUGCGGCUUAAACCUGGAUUGUGUUGUGAGUGAACAUUGGCGAUUGAAUAGAGACAGUCACUUUUAAUUGCGGGGGAUCAAGAAAGGACAUUUUUACAGGUAUCUUUGGCUAUUUGCUGUGGAUGGGACCUUGCCUUCCCCUUUUGAAGUUCUCUUGCCCAACAUGAACUACAGCAGGAGAAGGCAUGCAGUAUGUCUUGCCCACUUGGGUUAUUGUCAUCCUUGUACAUUUACAUCAUGCUUAUUCUUUACUGUCACCAUCCCUCCCAAAACUUGUUUUAGAGCACUUUAUGUGGGCUUUUACUUUGUGGGCCUAUGAUUUUUCAAAGGGGACAAACAUGAAUAAUUACACUAUGUGGAAUUCCCACAUAUAAAAUGAGUUGAAGUAAACGUAUGGAAAUAAUGUUAGAGGUAACAAACGUGAAUUUUUUUUCAAAGGUUUCAGUACGGAGCCUCGGGUUUGUUACAGAUGCCCUCGAUCUCCGAACUGUGAGGUCAUAUGGAAAUGAGGUACACACAGAACGGUGAGGAUGCCAUACCGUGACAUCCACCGUCAAGGUUGCUCUUGGCUUGACUACGUUUUCUUGUAUUCAAAAGUGUCAAAUUAAUCGAACUGAUGCACUUGAUGAAAUGCUUACAGUAUGAAUGUAGGUAUGUAUUUAUUGGUUUGUGCACACCCAAAAGAUAAGAAACGAUGUAAAGGCUCGGGAUGUAAACGUUUAACAAAUUGCAGAUGGAAGCUCCAGCACAAGUGUGCUGACGGUAAUGAAAAUGUAAUUUGUCAUGAUCCUCAACAAGAUAUAAACAUGGUUGUGAUGUAUUUUUGUUGUUGAAAAAUAUACCAAACAUGCAGAGAAUAUCAGAAAUAAAUUAUU